UAAAAAAAAGUAAUGUCAAAUGCUGGCGUCCGUUUGAGUUUGGAUAGAUUUUGCGUUGUUUUUGAAAUUGAAGAAUAUAAUUUUAAUUUUUAGGGUUAUUUACACAACUAAAGUAUCAGAAUGAUGGAAAAUUCGGUAAACGAAGGUGAGGUGCAUGAGUCAUUUCGAUCGCCACCUCGGCGAAGGCGGUCUACAUUCUUUGAAAGACGAGAUUCAGUAGUACCACAACCACUAUCAGAAAACAUUGAUCCAAGUCAAUGUGCAAAAAGCUCGACGGAAAAUGAUAAACACAAUCAGGAAUUGCAAACGUACUACGAGAAACUGCUGGUAGAAAAAGAACAGUGGAAGAAGGAAGUAAACAAUCGACGAAACAAGUACCAUGACCUGCGACAGCAGUAUCAGAUGGCAGUAAAAGCUUCAAGCAGAUCGAGAAUUUCUUAUUCAGCACUUUCGAACGAAGACAUUGAGUUUCUAAAAAUGAAACCGAACAUUUCAAAACUUGUUGAGAGCCAAUUGAAGUUGCACAAAUCAGUGAAAGAAACAAGGGCUUUGUACAGGAGGGCCAAUGAGCUGGAUGAUGUCAUAUUGAGUUUCAGUGAAGAUAAAAUUAAUAAAGUAACAGAGUAUAUCCUUGAAAACAGUACUGUUGAACCAGUUGAAUAAAACUUUGUAUUAUAGAUUGGUACUUGUAAAUAUAAUAUUAGGAGUAAAACUUCAAAUUCAUCAUACAGGCUCAUAUUUAUGACUUGUUUUUAAAAUAGUGUUGUUUCAGUGCCAUGGUAUGCCUUUCAAGAUUGUGUAUUUAAUAAAUCAAAAUAUUAACAAGUUUCGUAUAAAUGCUUAAACUGUAAAUAAUAAUUUAAUGUAGUUUUUAAAAUAAUUAUUGUACUUUGUACAUAACAUUAAGUAGUGUAAAUAUUUUUACAAUAAAAUACUAACUGAACUAUUUACUUUUUUAAUUGAUAAAGAAGUGAUAAUAAAAUUGACUUAGUUCAAUGAAUAACAAUUUUAUUUCAAUAUUUCAUUAUAAAUUAUUACAAUUCAUUCAUACAUUAAUACAAUUCAUACAAUGGAAUUAGACAAUUUAAUUUUCAACAAUAUUAAUUAAAAUAUCAGAGUGGAUUAUCAGUAGCCAGUUUAUCGUAAAAUACUUGUUUUUGGUAAUUAUUUAAGCAGUCAAUUAUUAUCCUUAAUAAUACAAUUACAUGUUUUAAAAUUAUUCUCUUAUUCAUUCUGAAUCCAAUUUCAUUUUAUCAAAUUAUUAAAAUACCUCAAAGGAAAGAGUAAAAGCUAUUUUAUUUCAAAAAUAUUAAUUUUAG